GGUUGGUGGGAAGGGGCACUUCCCGGUGCAGAUUGGGAAUCCUUGUCGAUCUAGUACCCACUCCACUCCUGCACGAAGCAGUUGCUGCUACCUCCGCAUGCUGUCGGAGUAUUUUCUGCAAAGGUGGUGCCUGGAGAUGGCUCGUUGUGUUUCCAGAAGUGCCCUUGUGACCUUCCAGAGUGGAUGAAUUCCGUCAUCGUUGCGAUGGUUCGGUGGAUAUGGCGUCCCUUACCUGCUGGAUCUCGCUCUAGCUGCUUGGGGAGCUGCCAGCACUACAAAGUCUAUUUUCAGCUGGAGAGUCUGAUUCGAUGAUUCGAUCGAUCUCUUGGAGGUAUCCAUUCUGCAGCUUCUUCUGCUCUACAGGGGAUGAGUUUUCGUCCGAGUUCUGGUUGAAUGAGGUGUGGGGACUGUGACUCGAAGCUACCUGAAAGUGAUUGACUGAUUGAGCAUUUGAGGUUGAAAGUGACUCGGCCACGAAAGAUCGUGAAUGCAGGACCAUGACCACCACUGAAGGCUUUCGCACUCUUGAAGCUUUGUGCUUGCGGUUUCCACUUCUCCCGGCUGUGCAUUCCAGUAAUUUAUGCUCCAAGACUUCCAUAGCCCUCGCUAAGAUAAACUCAUAUUUGAGUCUCGUGCGCCAGACUCCAUCUCAGAGGUCAGCAGUUCCUGGUAUGUCUCAUCGAGGGGAUGAGGCAGGGAAUUGGAUUACAGUCCUUGAAAUCAGAUGAAUGAUGAUGCCCUGUCGAAAGAUAGAGAACUCAAGCUGGCCCUGAAAUUCGAUCUUUUCUCACCUGACUGCCGGUCCGAUCUGAAAUUCGCUAAAAUUCGCAGAAGGACUGAACUCCAUACUGCGAGUGUUCUGUCAGUUUGGUUGCCUUAGAUUGGGCAGACCCUAACAGUCGAGCCACGAGUCUCAUGACUACAGAGCGUCCUUUUUGCUUGUCGUCGUCGUCCAUGCCUAGAUCUGACAGCCACAGUGACUGAGAUCCGAUGCCUUCAACCGAGCUUCCUACAGUAACAUCAGAUUCCCCUGCGCAGAGUCCUGGUUACGAAACUGGCCGGUGAUGAUGGGCAGGAUGAUGCUACACAGGCCUCGAUCGGGACAGAGAGAUUACUCGAGCACAUAAUCAGCUUCUCGACCAUCUAGCAAUGCUGGAGGUGACACCUACUGUUGGAACAGAUCCCAGAAGUGGGUCCCACGACAGAAGCGAGGAGGAUGAUGUCGUUGGUGCACUUUGAGCCUGGAAACACUUUAUGGAGAUUCUGUGUGAGUCUUGUCGUCGUUGUUUCUAGCCCCACUUACAGGCUGGAGAAGAUUCGCUUGUGAAUCUAUUCUGGUGAUGGGCACAAUUCGGACUGAACGUGCACAGCUGCAGCAGACAUGACACAACAUGACAUGCGCUUCCUGAGAGGGAACAGCAGAGGCCGCUUUUGUCAUGAUCUUCGACAGCGACCUUAAAGCUGCAUCUACACAGCUCAAUAUAAGGAUGUGAAGGUCCUUCGAUCGGCAGAAGUUUCGGACGAGAGAACUUCCCAUGCCCCGAUAGUGAGCGAAACUAUCAAACGAGCUGUCGAUCGACCUUGGAUUCACGGACAUCGCGAUGAAAUUCUGUGAUGAAAUGCGUUCUUCGAACGACUCGAACAUGUCACACUGAUCUUCGGGCUCAGGUCACCACGAGGUUUGAGCUUUUCAGUGCUCGUGGGACUCCAGGCAUAGCGCAUGACUACUGAUGGACAAUUGGUUGUGAAUCUAAGAGUAAGGGAAGAACGUGAUUCCAAUUUUUUUAUGGAAGUAACGGAAUUGUAGAAUUGUCCUCCAGAAUUAUACCUCGGGAUCUCUUUCUCCAAGUUGACCACGUCUACCUACACCUCAUCCAGCAAAAUCUUCGUUCGUGACUGGAAUCCAUCUUCUGACACCGAAGACUGUGAUUCAUGACGUUUAUAAGGAUCUCGGUCUAAGACCAUGGAUGGCAAUCUGGAGCCCGUAGUCAACUAGUCAAAGGAAAGUGGGGCCCAGUCAAGCUGAAAGAUAUGCAACUUCAGCACGAGAAAUCGAUUCAACAAUCGAUUAGAGUAAAGCUUCACAGUGUGAGAUUCACGACAUCCCCUCUGAUUCUCAAAUCACGCCCCCAAAAGAGCCCCUGAACAAGUCCGAACUCCGAACCCAUCGGGGCCAUGGCAGCCCCUUCGAGGACCCGCCGGACCACUGUCAGUCCCUGUCAGGGCUGGACCUUUGUCAGUCCCUAUCAGGGCUGGAUCGGCGCAGUGGAUCUGACGCUGUGAGCCCGGGCCAGUAUUGCCAUCAACAACAACACAUCGAGAUACCAUUUGGCAUCAAAUUUCCCGUGAACAUUCGAGCAGAGCAGACAGUGUGACAGAAAGUUGUGUCAUGGUGGACCGCUCAUGCUCUGUAGAGAGCUGGAGACAAGUCGAGGUCUAUGAACGAUGUCGUUGACUGCGUGAUGGUCACGACAGUAUGCAGUCCUUGCAAGAUUAGAGAUGAUGGGAGAUUAUGCGGAAGUUUAGGUUCCCUAUGCCACAAGUGUUCUGAACUCGUGCACCAACCACUCGCUGUGUGUUCCUCGCAGUAGCUGGGUCGUUGCUGAGCUAACACGCGAGUCAUGUUCAUGUAUGCCGGCCAUGGAGAUUGUGACCUAUCUUGCAAUUCCCGCCCACUUUCAAUCUUGGCUCUCAAGGAAUCGAACCCCUCGACAGCUCUCAUCUGCCGAGACAAUCACGGCACGACGUUUUCAGAACAUACUUCGUCGAUUUCUUCGACCUCUCCCAAAGUUUCCAUCAGAGCAGGGGAUUACUUAUUGUUAUAAUUUCGUAACAGUGUAAUAUCCAUGUGACGAAAAAAGUUCAGGAGGCUGGCAUCACGCAAAUCUUUGUGGUCCUAGUCUACUGAAUUGUGUCGUGCGAAUCUUCCACUCAUGGAGAACUUUACUCUCGAUCAAGAGCCUCCACUUGGCGAUCCGUGGUUAGUGGCUGGCUGGUCAAUUGGAUUCGUUCCAACAUCCGUGGCUCUGAGGACCUCCGACGUUUGACCUUGUUUCGAGUUGCAAACUUUUGGAGAUCUGUGCAGGAAUUAUGAAGUGCGGGAGCGUUUAAAUGCAGCAUUGACAGGGUCAUUGACAAAGGUCCAUCUAUCGACGAGAUGUGGUCAGCACGCGGGACUUGACAACGCGUCAGUGAAGAAACCUGCACCAGAUCUGGCCGCCAGAUGAUCACAGACGGACCCACUUCCUCCAGCUAAACUUGCACGGGGAGCACAUCUGAUUGCACGUCUGGUCUCCAAAUUUGAUGAGAAAUCUGUUUCCAAAGUUGCCGGCAUUUUCUUUCCAUAUCACGGCGCAGAACCUCCUCUGAAUAUCCACGGGCAAUGAGGUCCAAAAUGCCAGAGCGUCAAUGUCGGGUGCGGUACUUAUCAGCACAGGGCACGAUGUCGAGAGUCACCAUUAUUUCACAACAUCCAUUUAUUACAACAGCCCUGAUCCGAUACUUGUCUCCGAGACUCCAUGCCGAUCUGGGGCCAUGGUGAUGUGACUUACUCAAGUCCUACUCCAACGAGAGUGCAAGUCUUCGAUUGAGACUGACGCUGACUCGUCCCCUUCCUACAUACAGAAGUCAAGCAUAGCUCUACCUGAACUUGAAUUUCCAAAUUCCGCCAACUUAUGGGAAAUUUUCAAGUCGAGCUGACUUUCAAGGAAGUUAAGCAUCGAGCGCAGGACACAAGUUUUCUCGGGCAUGCGUGAAAUUGAUGGGACGGCAGUGCUUUCAAGAGUUUUUGGAGUUCCCGUCGGUGGACAGUACUUCGUCUCAAUGGGAUCCAUGACGUCAGUCGAGUGCACGAUGCAUACUUGCUGUCACUGAGGGAGGCUUAAGGCCUAAGUUAUGUGAUGUAAUGAGUGGCGGCGAGUCCUCGCGUGUCGACAGAGAUCACUAAUCUCUGAACCUUUCCCAUCUGCUGCAUUUGGGGACUUCCCCAGAUGCUGCUUGUCACCAGUCUACCAGUAGGUCCAGAUCUGUAGGCAGUCUGUACAGGAAAGGAGGCACGAGAGGGGAGCCGAAAGGCACGAUGCCGAUGGCAGGAUGGAAUAAAUUCUGUCGGAUGAAGCUGUUGCAGUUGGAUGGGUUGCGCUUGGCGAGUCUGAGAGAAAGCUCCACCAUGGCAGACGAGAGCAGCAAACUGACUGCCAGGACUGUGUCGGGCCGUGAAGAGGACGAUUCCUGGUUAGUACGAGAUGCUAACACGAAAAAUCGAUCACCGGCUUCUCUACCAGCAUCACAGGAUGAAGUGGGGGGCAAUGACCCGGAGCAAGGGACGAGCCAUGGGGAGAGAGAUGUGUCCAUGUUGGAAGAAGAUGAUCAGAUUUUGGAGAUCAAAUCGGCCAGGUUUUAUCGACGGUCCAUUUUCAAAGAUUUGUUCUUUGCACUCAUUAGCUUCCUCACUGCCGGGCUAGCCAUGGUUUUUUGCUUCUCAUAUCCUCGACUAUAUGCGCGUCUGCGAUUCGUCCGAGUGAGGCAGACGGAUGUUACUGCCGAACGUGUGCUCGUGGAGAGCAUGGAUGAGAUUGAGUCCCUGGUUAAAAUUCACUGGAUUUUUGCGGGAGGUGAAGAGGGCUGGGUGCCUGCCGGCGAAGCUCGUCCCCCAUCUGAUGAGGUGAGAACAAAUCGAGAUCGGAUGUUUGUGUGGCGAGAAGAACGUUACUGGUACAACGAUCAAGAUGGAAGUUGGACCCGAAGAUCCUUCAAUGUUGAUGUCACAUACGCUGACCUGCAGUCUGUUGCACAUGACUGUGCCGUGAAGGAAAUGCGCUACGAUACUGUGAAGAGUCAGAAGUGUGAUGCCAGGAGAAAGCGUCUUCUGGUGUAUGGGCCUAAUGUGCUCACAGUAGAAGUGCCAAACUUAGGGCGAUUGUUGAUGACGGAGGUUUUCAAGCCAUUUUUCGUAUUUCAGGUCUUCUCCGUAAUCGUUUGGAUGUAUCAAGGCUAUCGCAUAUACGCCUACGUCAUCUUAAGCAUGACAGUGGUUUCAGUACUUUUCAACGUUUUCGAGACUCGUAGGAAUUUGAAAGCUGUCCAGAAGCUGGCAGCUUCUGAAUGUCUAGUGAAAAGGCUGACCCUUUCAACCAACAAAGCAGCAGACAUUGGGUUCAAAAAGGUCACUAUUUCUUCUUCCGAGCUACUUCCAGGAGACAUCGUAGAGGUUGAAGCAGGGAUGUCAUUUCCAUGUGAUUUGGUCCUCCUAGCAGGCCAGUGUGUGGUCAAUGAGUCGAUGCUGACCGGAGAAAGUGCCCCCGUUCCGAAGACACCAUUACCAUCCGGAUCAUCCGCAUUUGGGCAGGUGUUUCAAAGCAAGUCGGAGCGUGAUGGACGACACAUGCUACUCUCAGGUACUCUAGCGAUCCAGAUCAGGGGCUCCUCCGAUCCUCGUAUGCAUCAAAUGUCUGGCUCUGAUGGCAGUGAUCAACAUGCUUCCAUUUGGCAGUUUCUAAGCCUGCAGCACUCGCAGGCAGCUUCUUCUAGUACGAAGGAGGACACUGCACCAGUAGCGGCGAUGGUCAUAUCAACGGCGUAUGGAACUGCUAAGGGGCACCUCGUUAGGGCUAUUCGAUUUCCUAAACCUUCGAAAUACAACUUCGAAAGGAAGCUGUAUCAUUUUGUAGCUAAUAGUGCCAUAUACUUGGUCGUCGUCUGUGCUGCCACAAUAUAUUUUCAAGUCGGAAAGGAAUCAGCCAUGACUAUUUUCGAAGCAUGUAUCAAUCUUGUAACAAUCGCCGUUCCAGCAGCAUUACCCCUAGCACUUUCUAUCGGUAUAUCUGUGUCUUUCAAGCGUUUACAGGGAAAGGGUGUGUACUGCAUAAACCCAGGUCGUAUAGUUAGCGUAGGUCGAGUGGACACUUUGUGCUUUGACAAAACUGGAACGAUCACCGAGGACGGGCUGAAUCUCAAGGGCGUGGUUGUCGUCAAGAAGUGCGAAAAUGAAACUUUGAACACGACGAUGGGCUGCGGGAAAUUGGAGAAGGAUCCUCAUGCCGUGUUCCUUCAAGGGCAACAGGCUCUUCUUGUACGUUCGUCAGUGGGGGAUUCGGCUGAUAGGAAUUCUGUAUCUUCACUUGGACUGUUUUACACUCUGGCAGCAUGCCACGAUAUCUCACUCUUGGAUCACAUGGAAACAGGAUCUGGCAUUGCAAAGGGAGAUGAAAUCAAGAAGGUGAUUGGGGUGAAAAUAUCAGCAGAAUGGCUGCGACGUUUUCCUACAGUCUGUAGAGAAUUCUUUUCUAAAAACUCUUACGCGAACCCGUCGGAUACAACUAUCGUUGAACACGAUCCGGGAAUCGUACAGGAAAGAUACCAGUUCAUUGGAGAUCCUCUGGAGAUUCAAAUGUUUACCAGUACAGGUUGGAGAUACAUGGCCCGUCCAUUCGAAGAGAUUUCACCGUCUGUGCGCAGACCAGAUUCUCCGACACAUUGGACAAAUGCUCUUUCGGCCGUGGAUACUGUGAUCAUGCCCCCAACAGAGGUUGACUCGAAGCCACUUCUUGCUGUACUGAGGAAAUUUGCUUUUGACUCUGAAAUACGGAUAAUGAGCACCAUAGUACUUGAGCUGCCCUCUAUCGAUUCAACUUUAGACGAUGCCAGAAGCUGGAUUCUCGUCAAAGGUGCUCCUGAAAGUUUGCAGGAAAAUUGCGUCCCUGAAUCACUACCGCACGAUUUUCACACUCAGCUCCAAACUCUCACCGCCGAAGGCUAUCGCGUUCUGGCUUGUGCCUAUCGAUUGCUUGGAUCAAUGACUAUACCUCAGAUGAUGGUAGCAAAGAGGAAGCACAUGGAGAGCGAAUUGAUAUUCAGCGGUUUCUUGGUGAUGGAGAACAAACUCAAACCAGAAACAUCGGGAGUUUUGCUUCAGCUUGCUAAGGCUGGGCUCCGAGAAAUCAUGGUGACAGGAGACAACCCUUUUACUGCAGCUGCAGUGGCCAGGCAGUCUGGCCCGUAUUUUCUGAAGCCUGGAUGUCGAACAUAUCUGCUAGAUCGGGCUCCUGACUCCAACCCUGAGAGAUACAAAAGCCGCUGUGUUCUAACGAGUUUUGAUACUGAAGGGAGAUCUGAAAUUGACGUUGACACCUUUUUAUUACCCCAACCAACGGACGCUGGUAGCAGUAACAAACUCAAGACCUCAGGUGGAAGUGGGGGUGCUGUCAAUCUGGUGGUUACUGGACGCGCAUUCUCUGCCCUUCUACAGCAGCAUGAACAUUUGGUAGAACAAUAUACGGAGCGGACGGGAUCCACUCCAGUCAAAAUUAUGGAGUGUAUCACACCUUUGCAUAUGGUCCUUACUCAGGCCGGUAUCUUCUCCCGGAUGUCUCCCCAGCAUAAGAUGGAGCUGAUGCGAAGCCUACAAGACCUUGGCUACGUUGUGUGCAUGACUGGAGAUGGAGCAAAUGACUCGGGUGCAUUGAAAGCCGCUGACGUCGGAAUCAGCAUUGCAAGCAAGCCUGCUGCGAGCACGGACACAAUGGCGGCUGGGCCCAGUAUAGCCGCUCCUUUCUCGACUAAGCUUGCUCACAUUGGAGUUGUGCCCAUGGUCCUAUCUGAGGGGCGAUGUGCCUUAGUAAGUGCCACGGUUAUGUUUAAAUACAUGUUCUUCUAUGGUCUGAUUCAAGCGACUUCGGUCAUCGUUCUCUACAGGCUUCGGCUAGAAUUGUUCGACAACCAGUAUCUAUGGGCAGAUUUGGGCCUGGUAUUCCCCCUCGUACUGUUCAUGCCUGCAACUCAUCCCAGAAAGGAGCUGACUCGUGGCAGACCUGAAGGCAAUUUAUUGGCACUUCCCAUUCUCAUCAGCGUUUAUGGUCAAACUGUAUUCAUCAUGGCAUUCCAGGUGAUAGCACAAGUAUACCUUGAACAGCAGAGCUGGUACGAGAGGGCAAACGAUGAAAACGCAGAUCGUUUCGACUCGCAGCACAAUCAGAACACCACCGUCUCCUUCCUAUUUGCUUCAUUUCAGUACGUGGCUACGGCGCUCACGUUGAGCCAAAGCUUCGGGCUGUUCAGAAACUCACUCCUGUCGAACGUGCCGCUGACGGCGACUCUGAUCUGCCAGUUCGUCCUGUCCUCGCUCUUCCUGCUGAAACCGAUGCACUUCUCAUUCCAUUCGUUCGGCCUCGUGGACCUGUCGCAGCACCGGCAUUUCCUGCUGGGCCUGUGGCUGCUGGCCGUGGGAAACUCGCUCCUCUUCGUCGUCUUCGAGCGCUACGCCGUCUUCCACAAGUCCACCGAGCUCGACAUGUCCGACACUCCGCGGGGCGAAGCAGGCCCGGGGGGAAGUGCGAACGCGGCGGGGCUGGAUCGCAUGCGAAGGCUGCUCAGAGGCCAGGAGGCCUUCUGCCUACCGGGACGGCCGGUGGUUCGAGACUUUUUCCAGGUCGCGGAGGUCGCAGGGCCGCUUUGGGCCCGGCUUUCGUGAACCUGACGACCGAAGAAGGCCGGUCAUCAGAAUAUUCCACACUGCGUCCUCUUUUGCAGAUCUGCCGGGAAUGCUAAUCAUCGGGAGAUUAAGGCCGGAUUUAAUUACCGGGUGGUUAAUGCUGGAAUUAAAAUUGAUGUUUUCAUUCUAAUCCGAGCUUCGUUGAUACGCCUCGAAAAGUAAUCUUGUCGUUUCUUCAUACCCUCUCCCUUCCCAUCACCGCCGGCACCACGUCUGCGACCUGACGGGCUGGCCGGGUGACCGGCUGACGACCGAGCCCGGAAGGCGAAGGUUUUUUGUGAUGAUUGCUUUCCGAGUAUCAUUAGUUUGUAGACACUUGGGGGCACCAAGCAAUCAAACUCGUACUCUCUGUCGUUGUAAUAUAUGGUUCAAGGUCAUUGAACUCUUCUCUCGCAAUAAACAAAUCCAUUCGUUCUUAAAAC